AUGGUCCGCCGAAAGAAGAAGAAGAAGGGCAAAAAGGGCAGCAAAGACAAGGGCGACACUGGCACCGGCUUCUUUGGGGGCGGCACCGCCCGCUCCGGCAGCCUCUUCAGUCCGCUGGGCCUCUCCAAGAAGUUCUCCACCGGCUCGAAGCGCUCCACCGGGGGGCUGACGCCAGGGGGACAGCUGACCCAGGCGGGCGGCGGCAGCAUGCGCACCAAGCGCUCCGCCGGCCCCAGCCAGGCGAGCCAGGCCAUCAGCCGCAAUGGGCUGCCCCGCACCCGUCGCUCCCAGGGCCUCUCCUCUUCGAACAAACUGACGGCGGUGGGCGGCGGUGGUGGUGGACCAUCGCACGCUGUGACCGGUCGCAGUGCAAUGACGUCGGCGGGCGGUGGCGGCGGCGGAGCUUCGCACGCUGUGACUGGUCGCAGCGCAAUGACCUCAACGGGCGGCGGCGGCGGAGCUUCGCACGCAGUGACCGGUCGCAGUGCGAUGACCAGUGCCUCGAAGAAUCGCGGUCACAGUAAGCACAGGAAGGGGUCUCGCGCCGCGCACGGCGCCUCCAACAAGGCCACCGAGCGCAGCAAGCUGAAGAAUCAUUGA